AUGUCCCUCGAUGACGAUCCCACAGACUUCGAGGGCGUUCUGCCUGUGAUUCCCAUUGAUUCGCUGCCCGUCUUCAAAGAUCCUAAAAGCAAUGCAGCCACCGGCGCUUCUGCCGCAGGUGUUCGAGCCUUGAGUGCGCAGGCUGUAGCCUUUUAUUUUCGAGCUCCUGUCAAGGCGUUCUUCAGAACGCGUGUCGAUUACCUAGCAUAUGCUAAGUCUAUUAAUCCAGAUGCGCAGAACGGCCGCUUCUCCUGGCGAAGUACGACACCGGGGCUUCUCGCCCACGCAAUAAAGAACUAUGGAUGGCGAUUCAUUCCAGAACAACUGCUCCCGCCGUUAGCUGCCAACAUCGCAGUCGGUGCGGCUUUGUAUACCUCGUAUCUCCAGAUCUUAGCCCGCCUCCAUGAACCCUCGGCUUAUGCCAUGAAGACAGUCUUUCCACCUCCAUCCCCUACUGAUACCUUUGCCGCUGGAUUCGCCGCUGGGACCAUUCAAAGUGUUCUUGCGGCCCCUUUAGAUGCCCUGCAUGUUCGGUUCGAGCAACGAGGUGAGGCAUAUGCCAAUAAGACGAUGUGGCAAUAUGGGAAGGGAAAGCUACACGAGAUUGGCAUUCGUGGUAUCUUCGCCGGGUGGGGUCUGUCCUUCUUGAAGGACAGUUUCGGGUCAGGCAUAUUCUUUGCAACCUUUGAAUACGUCAAGGCGCAGAAAUACUAUUCAUUCGUGCGGUGGUACUAUGGAACGCUAGGAGGAGGAGAUGUGGACAAGCUCGCACACCAGAGAGGGACAGUUGCAACUGAAAGUCACCCGAUUGCAAUGAUCAGGCCACAUUAUGCCCUAGAACCUGCUUUCCUGAUGCUGGCCGGCAUCACGGCAUCAGUCGCCCAACAAGUGGUCCUAUUCCCGUUGUCGACGAUCCAAACAUUGCACUAUGAAAGGCUAGAAGACCUCGACAAGAAUGCGGUCAGGUUCCAACAAUCGGAAGGUCCGAGCAGAGGGAGAAUGCUUCGGGCGUAUUAUCAUGCCUACCGGGAGACCUGGAAACAAGCUCAAGCGCAGGCGGUCGAAGUUGGUGGUAUUAGGCAAUGGUUGUUUCAAGGAUUCUGGUGGUUUACUCUUCGUCAGAUUCCGAGCACCAGUGCUGGUUUGAUCAUCUUUGAAUUGGUGAGACGGAAGUAUGGUUUGACGGGUGACGAGGCUAAGAUCACUCAAGAUGGGUAUGAAAUAUUGUUGACGUGA